GUGAGCGCAGUGUGAAUUCAUAAUGAAACCACACCGACAGUCACCCACAUAACUCGGAAAAAUUUCCUGUUCUCACCUUAAUAUUUUGCCUUCGUUAUCCACCGCGAAAGGUGUUUCGGUGAAAUGUCAUCUCAGAGAGAAGAAAUGAUUCUCUCCGAUAUUCUCAAGUGUUUUCGAGCGCCGUUGAGUGAAGAACAAGCUUGGGCUGUAUGUUAUCAAAGCACUAAGGAGGUGAUCGCCAUUCAGAAAGAAAGCUUUGGGGCAUUGAGACAGCAAAAAAUCGACAUUCAACUGUCGUCGAUUGAAAUUCGCAAAGACGGCAGUGUCUUCUUCACCAAGAUAGACGAGUCGAACACGGUUCAACGAGAGUCUGCUGUCCUUUUCGACUUGGGAAGCGUUGUUUAUGAGUGCCUAGACUACAGUAUGGAGGCGUUUGUGGAGCGUGAACUCGACGAAGAACUCGAAAAACUCAUAGUGGACAUGACCAACUGUGAUCACAUUGAUGAAGCGGUUUCAAUUCCAGACAGCUUGAGCUUUGAUCUACCGAGCCCUCGCGAAAGGUUGACAUCAAAAAAUGAAAGUAAUUGCUCCGAAAAGGUUCAAGAAAUCAUGAGCUGUGAUAUCACGCUGGAUGCUGUUUUGAAUCGCUGUGCUAACCACCUGCCCAAGGACAUUAUCGACCCGGGUGAACAUUUCCGCGCAGUGUGUCGAGCGCUUGUCAGUGAAGCCGUGGAAUUAUCAGCAUUUCUUCACCAACUCUGCAAUGGACGCGCUCUCGUCGCUCAAACGUGGGGACGCGGAGUAGGACCGACAAACUGGGCGUUCUUACAAAGCUUACAAGGGGCAGAGUGGGCCCAGUUAUGGCUGCAAGUUAUGAAAGAGCUACGACAGGGGGUGAGCUUACGGCGCGUUGAUCACGCUAAAUUGCCGCUAAUCACAUACGAGCUGUCGCCCUACGAAAUUCUCCUUCAGGACAUUCGCAACAAACGCCACACUUUGAACCACGUCGACAUCAGUGCCAUGGUGAAAAAAGACGCCCAUGAUGUCAUUCUGGAGUUCAUUCGGUCCAGGCCGCCGUUAUCGAAGGUGAGCCUUCGUAAGAUGAAGCAAUAUCCGAAGAAAAGUCCGAGCCCGUUUGAUAAGUUGUUGAAUGAGAUCCGAUCACAGCCGAAGUUGAGGCCUACACCCCGACCGACCUUAAAGAGCGUCAGAGAAAUCUACUUCGAAGAGAAGAUUGGCGUUCCCUUAAACAAGACAGAUCUAGCACCACCUAAACGCAAAUGCCUCAAGCCAACAAUUAAACUAACAGAGUUGAUCAAUCGCUGGGAUUCCUCGUCUACUGUCGAGAUAGACCCAUCACCGACCAUCAGCCGAUCGGAAACACCACAAGUCACAAUAGCUGAUGAGGAAGACAUCAACGAGGGCAAUUUCCUCAGCAAGCCCGAGGAGAUUUUUGAAGACGUUACUAGGAGGGCAAGUAACUCGAGUGAUUCUAGCUUUCUGUCACUCGAUGACGAGGACUGCAUUAAGAACAGAAGUUUCGCUAGCUUUGAAAUGAGCGACCCAGAAUGUGAGCCAGUGUUUCCACCUUCUCUCUACAACCUCCGUAACCUCGCCAUUACGUCCAAGAUCUACAUGACCCUCGAGGAAGUGAAGCACGUGCGCAAGACGUUGGCUUCGUUGGACUUGGGUGCCCUGGAACCUGAAGAAAAGCUCUACAAAGAUUUAGCUAAUGGGAGGCUGUGCUUUUGCUGUCAGUCCAGGAAAUUCUCCUUAUUCCGGAAUUGGUCGCGUGUUUGCGAAAUCUGCGAGUGUAAGGUCUGUGACUCUUGCAUCCAUGUCAUGGAAUCUUCAUCUAGCUAUAUAUUUCAAGAAGAGGUGAAUUGGAACCAAAGGGAUUCCGGAAUCGCAGACAUGUCCUGGCCAUUUGUUGGUUACCUAAGCUUAGGCGGAGAGUCUGACAACGGAAAAUCGCGCAAGGUUUGCCUUGCUUGCAAACGAUUCAUAACGAUGCACUGCUAAUUGUUAGGCUCUAAAGAUGAAGGGCUGUAAAUGAAAACUGGUGACAUGGGGUUAUCUAAAGCUUACUAGAUUCUUGACAGAGUACCUUGAAAUGUUUGAUUUGACCUCGUCUUUAAAUAUUUAAAAGAUCUGGAAAACUACAGAGAAAAUUUUGGAAUUCGAGGAAGCAGUUAAAGCUUUGAGGUUUCAUUUUGUCAGUAAGUCUCGCAACUUAUAGACGAAAAGUGAAAGUAAAUUUCGCUGGAACCGAAAAAGCAGAUAUCUCUCUUAAAAAUGCUUCUACCCGUUAUAGGUAAUUUAGUGAAAGUAACUGUAUUGCAUCGAAUUUGCACUUGUGAUGUUUGGUUUGUAAGAAAGAUACGGAAACACCGCAUUAAUUCUGCUUGAUGAGUAAUUUUCUUGAACACUUGGUGAAGGAUUACUUUCUGUGAAGUAUUCAGUUGUAUUCGCCAUCCCGUGCGUACAAAGAAAAAGUCUCAGUUUUGUAGAUUAUAUCUAAACUAAAAGACAAACAAAAUGAAAUGUGUGAACUCAAUAAGGAGUUUGUGGAGCUAGGAUUAUCUGCAGGGUUAAAUUUUGUAAAAAUGUCGAUCGAACAUUGUAGAGAGUGGUUGAGACGCAAUAUGCAAAUUUUUGUUAUUCAAUUCGAAGGCUAGUUCUUUAAUUUUUGAUAGAAUAGAUUAUAAAAGGCGUGAAUAUUGCUCCGGAUAGUAGAAUAUUGUUUUCAAUCUAUUAAAAAUUGUGCAUCACUUCUCAAACCAAUCAAUUAGUAAAUUAAACAUGAUUGAAAAAGGAAACGAUUACAAUAAGCCUGAACAAGAGAAGACUUCUCUAGCCGUCAAAGGAUAAUAUCAACAAGUUACAUAACAAUUUAAAACAGCCUUUAUUUUUUGCAAGAGAGCACACUAUGAGGUCGUAUUCCACUUACCUAAGAUUCAAAUAAUGUAAGUAUUGUGUAUGAUACUGACACAGUUGGCGAUGAAGGCCGAAUGCUCUGUAAUUAAGCGAAAUGUGAAUAAAAUAAUUCUACUGAG